GGAGUGUGCGAGGCAGGAGCCCAGAAGACUGCCCAUUAAACAAGACUAAAGAGAGCAUUAAGUCCCACGUGAACGCCACGAGCAGGACGCACUGCCACCUAUCACUCCAAGACUUUGAGAUUAUUCUUCUACUCUUGUUUUAUAUCUUAAGCAAUUUACAAUGGACAUCACAGCUAAGAUGGAGAUCAAUGUUGGCCAGCAGCAGUUCAUGCCACCUGCCUGUUUCUUUGCGGCAGCAGCUCAGAGCAUCCAGCUCAGCCCAACCAGCAGCCAAGGCAGCGGCAAGUCAACAUCCAAGGUGAAGAGGCAGCGCUCAUCCUCUCCAGAACUGCUGAGAUGCAAGCGGAGGCUGAACUUUGCCGGCUUUGGGUACAGCCUGCCACAACAGCAACCGCACGCUGUGGCGAGGAGGAACGAGAGGGAGCGCAACAGAGUGAAGCUGGUCAACAACGGCUUCGCCACUCUGCGUGAACAUGUCCCCAAUGGUGCAGCCAACAAGAAGAUGAGCAAAGUGGAAACCCUGCGGUCGGCCGUGGAGUACAUACGCGCGCUCCAGCAGCUUCUGGACGAACAUGACGCCGUAAGUGCCGCGUUUCAGUCCGGGGUUCUAUCGCCCACCAUCUCUCAGAACUACUCCAACGACAUGAAUUCGAUGGCAGGUUCCCCAGUGUCCUCCUACUCCUCCGACGAGGGGUCCUACGACCCCCUGAGUCCCGAGGAACAAGAGCUACUAGACUUUACCAACUGGUUCUGAGCAUCUGCUUAGAUAUAUGGUUCAAAUCUAUGAAACUCCCAGUUCGCGCUUGGAAGAGUCCCUGCGGAGUUCGCUUCCUUCACAAGAUGCACAGAGAUCUGGCCCGGUAUGGUGGCUCACACGGUCCGGUUCAGUUAGCAUUGGCCUUGCGCUACAAAUGCUUAUCUGGCCAUUCUGAAGUGCCAAAGGACUUACGAAGGAUGGCUCUGCUCUGCAGCGUUGGAAACGAUACUUCCAUGCAUUCGCCCAUGAAAACAAAUUUGUUUCAAACGUGACUUUAAUGCUUCACCAUAUACAUUAUUUAAAAAUAUUUCUUUCAAACUAUGCUAAACCCAAUCAAAGAACAGCAACCCUCUUGGUUAACUUCUGUAACAUUUGAUUCAAAAUGCUUCCACCUCUCGGAUUUUAUUAUAUGAAAUUAUAUCAAACAUGUUUGAAAUAUAUUAAGAUAUUUUUGUAUGUAAGAGAUUUAUAGAUGUUUUGUACACAGUUUUGUAUAUAUUUUGACAAUAUAUUGAUAUGUUGCUUUAUACCUCUUGCCUAUUUAGACUUGUAGUCUAUAAUGCUCUGGAGCUGGCUAUUCUGUGUAUGGUUCAUGAGGUCUCAAGUAAGAGUUUGAUACUCUGCAUUUUUAUGUUAGCACCAAUGUGUCUUAUUUAAUAGAAACAUACAUGUAUUUUACCAUGUCAUGACGUCCACAAUGAUCAAAGGUUAUGCAGCUAUUGUCCAAACAGAGCACAAUGGCUACGCAUUGUAUCUCUCUCUACUGCCAGCUCUACAUUGCCUUUACUUCUAUUGUUGGUUGAAAAGAGAAAAGCCUAUAAUCAUAUUUUCUACACUCUAAUAAAACAUUUU